UUGAUAGGCUCGGAUGGACGAGUGAAAUCCAUAGUUGAAGAACUUCCAACGGACUCUCCAAACAGCAAGAAAUUCCGAUGCAAAGCUUACGAUGCCUUCAAUGGAAGCCACAUAAGAGAUGCUUCAUUCCAGUGGAUUUUUACAACGAAAUCAGGCGAAAUUGUAUUACCAAGUCACCUGUUUGCCAACGUCACGGUGCAGGGCGACACUGUGCUCCUCAGUGGACUGCGUAAGGACGUGGAUGUCUGGCGAUUCCGAUCUAAAGACGAACCUCUUGAAGGAAAGUGCAUUGCUUUGGCUCCGGCGUAUUCGGGUCCCCUCAACGAAACAAGUACACCCUACGCCUACCCCUCGGACAAGUUCUUAGUGCUAGAUACAAACAAGAUGGUCGAUCCAACAGACCCAGAAGCAAGAAAUGACGACCUACGGGUGGACGUUGAAGGGGCAGAGAUGGGCAAAUUUGUUGCUGAAAAGGGAAAAAGCACGGUUCUAACCUGUAAGGUUACAGACCUCAAAACGAUGACUUCAGUUGAGGGCUUAAACUACCAGUGGAAACUCCAACGGAAAGACAGCCUCCCAGUUGACACUUCCUCUUUGGCAGAAGAACUGGAGAUCUCAGAACAGCCGAAUGGAAGCACUCUGCGUUUGAAUGGUCUUCGAGACACAGCUUCUGGCGUUCAGGUCCAGUGCAUAGUUACCAAUAGGACGGCUGUUGCGGACGGUCAACCAGGCCCAUUGAAGCCAGGCGAGCUAAUCUACAGUCAACCCGUGUUCUUCGACAUCAAACCGACGGAGAAACCAGAUAAAGAACCUAGGUUUAGUGGGGCCUAUGAAUUGAGUGUGGUUCCAGAAGCUGAUCCAGAACGAAAGUACACGGUGGUAGUCGGAGGCCUCGGUCCAGAUGGGAAACUGUCGGCGACUACAGGUUCAAACGUCGUUCUUGAUGCGCAACUAGUUGAUGAAAAGACUGGAGAACAGGUGCCAAAGGAGGAUGCCGCUGGCAGAAUAUUCUUCGGUAUUGAGGCGCAAUACACUGACGGAAGUCCCGCUCCUAUUAAUGCUCUUGCUGACCAUGUCCAGAUUGACUCUCGAACAGGGAAGAUAAUACUGAACGGUUAUCGAGGUGAUAUGGACGAGCCGAAGAAAGGUGACCUGCGUUUUCGUGUGGUAGCUGAGCGAAUCACCCUCUCGCCUGACGAUGAGGUUCCCGACGAGGGGUUACCUCGUGGUCAGCUACGAAAACCAUCAAGACAACGUUUCGUGUCACCUCUUAUCAUAGUGGUCGAGGAUGGCACCGCCCGCGAAGAUUCUCGCGAAGAAGUUGUACAACUGCCGGUCCUGACGCCCGUCGUAUUGGGCUUAAGUAAAUGCCACACUUUGCCAGUUACAGCGGGACAAGAUGUAACACUAAUUUGCAGAGAUAGAGGAACUGAUGAAGGCAAGGACGACUUAUUAUACGGUUGGGAAGUCAGUCUUCGGAAUGGCCACCGAGUUCCUAUGGCCGGCAUCCUCGCAGAGUCUGUCCAGGAGUCUGGAAACACCCUGCGACUCCGAAAGUUACUGGAGCAGAAGGCAACGCUCCUCGGCCGCUGCGUUGUAGCCAGGAAGGCGGGCAACAGUGCCAGAUACUAUAGCCGGUACUUUGCAAUCGGACCCAAAUGCGAAGAUGCUGGACCCUUCAAAGUAGGCGUUUUUGAGGUGCCCACAGCAGACGCUGAUACGCGAAUGUUCCGUUGCAGUGCCACAGAUCCGAAAACCGGCUCUCAAUUGACUAACUCCACACACUACUGGCAAUUUGUCAGUUCUUCCGGAGAGACAGUCAUACCAGGUCAUCUAUUCGAAAGCGUUGAGAUUUCGGGUGAUUCAAUUGUUCUCGGCCGCCUGCGAGGAGAUCUUGACCUUUCAAAGCUGGCUGACAAGGAAGGACCGAUUGACGGUCAAUGUGUCGUUUUAACCGGUGGUGAGGACCCCACAAAAUCCACGUCUGACGGUUUUAUUCGCAUUGACGUCUCGAAAGAGGAUCCAAAGAAACCAGCUUUUGUUGGACCGGCGGAAUUUGGGGAUGAGAAACCGGAGACUGUGGUGCAAGGUCCGAUCAACGGCACGGUAUCCCUUGGUGAGGGUGAAAGUACAACGCUGAAGUGUGAGGGCAUAGAUGUCUACACGGGAACUGCAAUUAGCGGAUUGGCGGUCGAGUGGGAGAUUAGAACUCACGACAAUCGUCCGGUAGACACUAGCGCUGUAGCUGACAAGGUGGAGAUCCUGCCUGACGGCAGCCUUCGCCUGACUGGCCUGCGGGACACAGCGGCCGGCAUAAGAGCCCGAUGCGUGCUCAUGAACAAGACCACACCAGUCUCAGGGGAUGAGACCGAUCCUAAGGCAGGUGGUAUCUUGCCUCCAGGCACGAGUAGGCCCGGGAACUUCAUCGACUUCGACAUUAAACCCCUCGAGGAGCCGACGAAACCGAACUAUACGGGCGUUGCUGAUCUUGUAACAUCUCCCGACGACAAGCUUUACAACAGAUACAGGGUCUUUAUUGAUGGUCUCCGUGAGUCCGACACAUUGAAGGGUGCCCAAGGAGAGACUGUUGAUUUACGUGCCAAAGUAUUUGAUGCUCUCACAAACGAAGAUCUGCAAACUCCAUCAGAAAACAUUCGCUUCGGCCUUGAAGUGACUCAUUCAGAUGGAAGCCCGGCACCGCUGAGUGCGUUGGCUGAUUCUGUUACUGUCGAUGCUGCGACCGGUAGCAUCAAAUUAGAAGGUUUCCAAGGCGAUCUCCAGAAUUCGCAGAAGGACAAUUUGAGAUUCCGCGUUAUUGCUGAAAUAACCCAGCCAAGAAAAGAAACGGCUGGCUAUAUUCGCGAACCAACCAUGGAAAGAAUUGCAUCUCCCUUCUAUGCAGUGGUAGUGACCAAUCCCGAUGGAACUCCACUUAAAGAUGAACGAGAACCCGCUCGAAAAUACGAAAUCCUUCAUCCAAUAGUCCGUGGACUGAGUGCUGGCGGCAAUUUGCCGACUGAAGGCGAACCACAAGUGACGCUUCGAUGCGAAGUUCAUAGCAGUACUAUGAAAGAGGAGGACCUGGUGUUUGGCUGGGAAGUGCGUACGGCCUCGGGUCAACCAAUGCCAAUGACGGGAGUGGUUGCCGACACAGUCCGUCAGAGUGGCAACGCCAUCACCUUCACAGGUCUCAGGAAGCCAGAAGUUCGCGCAUCUGGCCGCUGUGUCGUCUCUCCUAAGGCAGACAGCAGCAUCAAGUAUUACAGCCCGUACUUCGAAAUCGGGCUAGACAGCAAACAGGACAAGGACUCCAAGGUGACGGUCAAAGUUCAGGAAAUUCCGCAACCAUCUCCUGAUAGGCGCAAAUUCGUGUGCAACGCUGAGGGUGAGUUCGUAAUUUGGCCUAUCCGAAUGGCCAGGAUGCGCAGGAAGCUCCUUAUUGGUUUUGCAAUCGUUUAA